AUCGUUGUGUCUUGGAUCUUGGACCAUUCAUCUCUGCCUCCCUUUUCUUUCUGAAAGAUUUGCUUGAUUUGGGAACCUGAAGGGGAAACAAGCCGCAGCCAUGGGAGAUAAAGAGAAGAAGAGCAAGAAAAAAAGUGUGACAGUGUUCGGCUACCCGCUCAGCAUCUUUUUUAUCGUGGUCAACGAGUUCUGCGAGCGCUUCUCCUACUAUGGCAUGCGAGCUGUGCUGGUGUUGUACUUCAAGUACUUCCUGAAGUGGGACGAUGACUUCUCCACAACCAUCUACCACACCUUUGUGGCUCUCUGCUACCUGACUCCCAUCAUGGGGGCCAUUGUUGCCGACUCAUGGCUCGGAAAGUUCAAGACCAUUAUUUACCUGUCCAUUGUUUACGCGGUGGGGCAGGUCAUCAUGGCCAUCAGCGCCAUUCAUGACAUCACAGAUAGAAACAAGGAUGGCACCCCUGACGACAUGGCCCUCCACGUAGCUCUGUCCAUGGUGGGCUUGCUUCUUAUUGCACUUGGAACGGGAGGCAUCAAACCCUGCGUGGCUGCCUUUGGAGGGGACCAGUUCUCUGAAGAGCAGGAGAAGCAGAGAAGCACCUUCUUUUCCAUCUUCUACCUGUCCAUCAACGCAGGCAGUCUGCUGUCCACCAUCAUCACCCCCAUCCUCAGAGCUCAGAAAUGUGGUAUUCACACCCAGCAGCAGUGCUACCCACUGGCCUUUGGAGUCCCCGCUGCUCUCAUGGUGGUCGCUCUGAUCGUCUUCAUCGUCGGAAGCGGUAUGUACAUAAAGACGCCUCCGACAGGCAACAUCAUGGUGAAAUUCUUCAAAUGCAUCUUUUUUGGAAUCAAGAACCGGUAUCGGCACCGUUCUUCCAAAUUCGCCAAAAGAGAACACUGGAUGGACUGGGCAGAGGAGAAAUACGAUAAACUCCUGAUUGCCCAGGUGAAGAUGGUGUUGAAGGUGCUGUUCCUCUACAUCCCACUGCCCAUGUUCUGGGCUCUCUUUGACCAACAGGGCUCAAGAUGGACCCUCCAGGCCACCACCAUGGAUGGUAACUUUGGUUUGAUGACGAUCCAGCCUGACCAAAUGCAGACUGUCAACCCCAUCCUGAUCCUGAUCAUGGUCCCGGUCGUGGACAUCAUAAUCUACCCACUCAUUUCCAAAUGCAAAUUAAACUUCACUCCAUUAAAGAAAAUGACAGUCGGGAUGUUCCUUGCGGCUCUUGCUUUUGUGGCGGCUGCGCUGGUUCAGCUGCAGAUUGAUAAAACUCUGCCUGUUUUCCCGGCAAGCAGCGAGCAGCAAGUGAAGUUCAUCAAUAUGGGAAAUGAGCUCAUAAAUAUCCGUGCUGGAAAUGACAGUAUCCAGUUGAAAGCUUUUGAGGGAAAUCAGGAGUAUUUCACAUACAAACAACCAUUUAACCUGCAAAUAGAGUCUGAUCCCGCUGAAAAAAUUACCCUACCAAAUGGUUCUCGUAAUACCAUCGUCAUUCUCAGAGACGUAUCCAAGUGGAGGCAUAUUCAGUUCAGUGAUAUUGUUGCAAAACCAGAGGAGGGCACUAAUGCUAUCAGAUUCUUCAACGGUUUCGGCUCCGUUUUGAAUAUAACAGCGGGCGACCAAUUGUACGGCAACGUCGUUCCCAGCAACAUGUCCAUAUACGUCAACGUAUCGCAAGGAACGCCAGAGUUCACGAUCAAGGAUAACGCUGGGAGGGAAUGCGUCUUCAGUCGAACGUUUGGCUUUGGCAGUUCUUACACCUUCAUCAUCCCACCAACCUUUCCUUUUGGAGAAAAUUGUGGACAGAGCAUCGAGGAGGUAGAGGAUAUCAAGCCCAACUCCAUCCACAUGGCCUGGCAGAUUCCUCAGUACUUCCUCAUGACGUCAGGAGAAGUCGUCUUCUCCGUCACUGGGUUGGAGUUCUCAUAUUCACAGGCCCCCUCCAAUAUGAAGGCAGUGCUGCAGGCUGGUUGGCUGUUAACUGUGGCAGUAGGAAACAUCAUUGUGCUGAUUGUUGCAGAGGCUGCUACACUUAAAGAUCAGUGGGCUGAAUACAUCCUCUUUGCCGCUUUGCUGGUCUUGGUUUGCAUAAUCUUCGCCAUCAUGGCCUACUUCUACACAUACACUGACCCUGCAAAGGUAGAGGCCCUUUUUGGAAACUUGGAGCCUGAAGAAAAGAAGAAGAAGAAAAGUUUAGAAAUGAUCAAGGAGGACAUGGUUGAGAAUCAUGACGAGAAAAGGAGGAAUUCUGAUUCCAGUUCUGAUGAGGAGGAGGAGGAGAAAGGCAAACAGACCCAUUUCUAAAUCAAGACCUCUCUCUGCUUCUGGCGUUACGGAAACAAAAAAGCUGCUGGGUUCCUCCGGUCAUAAGAGUGUCUGUGACAUUUCAUUACUUUAUCAUCACAUGAAUAAAGUUAGAGUGACGUUAUGACUGGAGUGGGUUGGGGAACCUGAAGCUGCUGGAAUAGAGCCUUGCUUAAAAUCAAAAGAGAAUAUGCUAUUAUUAUGUUGAUGUAGCUGUAUCUGUAAUUUCUUACCAAUCUUUUGUGAAGUCCCAAAAAAAAAAGAGAAAUGCAUUCAAAUAUUUGUAUUUAUUUCCAAAGACAGUAUUGUAUGUUCAUAAAACUAUUUGGAGUCUUUGUGUGUCGUGGUUGCGAUGAACAUCUAAGGCUUCGUAAUUUCCUAGAAAGGCUCCAUGUCCAGGAAUAUACCGCCCUGUGCAGUGGUUG